AUGAUAGUACGAUCAUCGUUUUUUAAAUUACUUGUGACUGGUACUCUCAUCUUCGGUGUGGCUGUCAUUGUACUCAAUCUUAUUUCCUAUGGUCGAAACAUCAAUGACUUCGAAUUCGUUGAUGAUGACAAUGCUUAUGUCAUACCGAAUCGAGAUGGAGAUACAUUUAUCCGCAUUAAAGCAGAUGUGAAGUCUAAUAGUAAACCAAGUAUUUUACAUGAAGAGGAUGGCAAACCUGAUGUACCGGAAGUACGAAUUCGAACUUAUUUGGUUGUAAUGAGCCAUGGACAGGAUCAUAAUGUGCUUGUCCGCGAAGCAGGUGAUGGUAGUUUUAAUAUUCUUCUCCUUCACGGUCAAUCAUUUUCUUCGAAAAACUGGGAAAAAAUUGGUACGUUGCAAUAUCUAGCAAGUUGGGGUUAUCGAGCGUUUGCUAUUGAUUUACCUGGUUAUGGUAACAGUUCAUUACCCGUUGUCCAAGAAACAGCAGCUGCUCAUUGGUUAACACGACUGAUACACGUACUUCGCCUUUCAGAUUUUGUCAUCAUAAGUCCAUCUAUGAGCGGUCGAUUUUCUCUACCAUAUGUUUUACAAUCUCAUCCUAAACGACACACUUUUCGGGGUUUCAUACCCAUAUCACCUGUCGGAACACAAAAUUUCAAAUCCAGCGAAUACAAAGACUUAACUGUUCCAACUCUAAUCGUACAUGGUGAACAUGAUAACAGAUUCCGAUCUGCGAUUGAAAAACUCAAAGAAAUACCGUCGAGUGAAGUAUUAACAAUUAAAAAUGCUUCACAUGCGUGUUAUAUAGACCAACCAUUAGAAUUUCAUAAUGCUCUUCGACAGUUUCUCUAUUCAGUUUAUCGUCCCAUCUACAUCGAACAAUACAAAAAGCGUUUUGCAUCUUCACCAUCAGCAAACGAACCGAAUAACACCAACAAAAUCACUGAGAAUGGAAAGAACAAAUUCAGUAAACGUCAUUCAGUAUCGGAUGGAAAAGUUUCACACUCAUCUUACAAAGCAUAG